AUGACCAUAACAUUUAGCAUCACAACAUUACCAGCUAGUUACCAGCUGUCAUGUGACUACAGUUCGUUAGCUAAACCAACGAAAGUUUCUAAGUAUUUCAGCUAUUUGCCCAGCCAAUACAGUGCAAUAUUGCAUUAAUUUCGAUAAAACGUAGUUUGAUAGGUCGUAGGCUCUGUAUCGGUUGCCUCUGUCCAGGAACAGCCUAACCGAUGAGGGGAAUUUUCAGAUAGGGUGGCUAGACGUCCCCGUUUUCCGGGCACAGUCACCGUUUUUGGUGGCCUGUCAGCGGAAAUGUCACCGUUUUUAACUGCUUUUAAAAACAGUCCGCAAAGUGAAAUUAUAUUUUACGUUGCAAGAAAGACCGGGCAGCAGAGCCUACCGGUUGACAUCUCCAUCACGUUGUGCUUGUUUUGGCCAACAGAGGGAGCUGCUCGAAAUAGAAGCUUCAUUCACUCUUGUACUAACUACUUGUUCGCGCUAGUUUUAGAGAAAACUCCGCUCGAAGCUAGUAGGUGUCAAGUGCAUCCGCAACAUCAACACAAACGUCUUUUCAAGACAGUGGUUAGUGAAUUUGGGCGAAUAGCAGUGGAGUUCCUGAGAAGAGGGACAAACCCUAAGAUUUAUGAGGGAGCUGCCAGGAAACUAAGUGCUGAUGCCGAAACUGUGCAGCAUGGUGUGGAAGGACUUAUGUACCUGCUCACCGAGAGCUCCAAACUAAUGAUCUCUGAGGUGGACUUCCAAGACUCUGUGCUGGUGCUGGGCUUCACAGAUGAGCUGAAUCAGCUGCUGCUGCAGCUUUACCUGGAACACAGGAAGGAGGUCCGACACAUUCUCAGUGAAUUGACCCCCUCGCUACCACACUACCACAAUCUUGAGUGGAGGCUAGAUGUACAGGUGGCCAGUCGUGCUCUUAGACAGCAGGUAAAACCUACAGUGAGUAUGAAGCUGCACUUGGAGGACCGUGGUGAGAAGAGUGCGAAGGUAUUACAGACUGACCCUGCAACCCUGAUUCACCUAAUCCAAGAGCUGGAGAAAGCCCUUGCUGAGCUCAAGACUACCCAUUGCAGAAGGAUCCUACGCAACAUCAAAUAGGUUCCCCCCACUGACAGUGAUGUCCAUUAUCAAACACAGGACUUAUCAGAUGUAGGAGCACAGAGCCCCCUGCAACAUCAAACAGGAUUAUUUGCUCUUACCAGAGAACUGUGUACCACAAAAUAUGUAUUUCUCAACAUUGGAUUGAGCCCUGCCAGCAGAGGGUGCUACAGUUUACCCUGCAUCAGGAAUCACAUGGAUAGGAAAUGGUCAUCUGUCACAUGGGAUACAAUUCUUGUCUACUGUAUCCUGUUCUCCUUUUCUAGAUCUGUUUGGAUUUUCAGGGUGUAGUCAGGAUUAUUGGUGGGGGGGUGGUGUCUAAAACCCACUGGAGACCAGCCCUGGCCACAGUUUGAAAAUGUGUUGUGAACCUUGUGUUAGGGUGUAGAAAUCUGCUCCCUUUUCUGGUGUGGUCCCUUCUGGGUUUUGGAAGCAAGGGAAAACUGAAUCAAAUCUCUUUCAUACAGUUGUGGCCAAAUGUAUUGGCACCCUUGCACUUUCUUCAGACAACUCAAAAAGAUCUCUAAAAAUAGGAUGAAAUUCAAGAUAUUCUGUCUCCACAAUUCUUUAUGUCACUGUUAAUAUUACAGAAUGUAUUUUUUUUAAUAUAUAGAACCUUAAAUCGUUUUGAGAAAUGGCAUUGACAUGAUUGACACCAUACACAGUUCGGUGGCACAGCCUUUGAACAAACAAAGUGCGAUCAAGUGCUUCCUUGUGCCAUGAAUGAGCUCCUGGCACCUCUACAGUUUGUACCACGGUUCGGCAAACUACUCCACUUCUCCCAGAUUUGAAAGGAGCCUUCCCAACUACUGUUUUCAGAUCUCUCCACAGGGUAUCAAUAGGAAUUGGAUAUGGACUCAGCUGGCCAUUUCAGAACAGUCCAGCAUUUUGUCUUUAACCAUUUCUGGGUACUUUUUGAAUUGUUUGUGGUCAUUGUUCUGCUUGAUGAACAUGACCCAGCUUUCUGACAUUCAGUGAUUCCAAAGUGCCUUGGUAUUCUCCUGAUUUUAUGAUCCUAUGUAAAUUCAAGGCACCCAGUGCCAGAGGCAUCAAAGAACUCCAAAUAAUCACUGAACUUCCUCAAUGUUUGACAGUAGGGAAGAAGUUAUUUUCACUUAGUUGCCUGUAAAUGGAGAUGAUGUGCUCUACCAAAACUUUAAUUUGGCAUCAUCUGUUGCCAGUCCAGAAUGAUUGUGGCAUGUUGAGGUGUUUUGGCAAAUUGCUGUCUGGCUUUAUGUCUCUCUGUAGUGGGAGUCUCCUACCAUACAAGUUGGCGAUAGAUUCUGAGUUUAAUCUGUUGUAUCUAUCUGAAGGGCAUCUUGAAACUGUGUGGCAGUUGAUCCAGCUGCUUUCUCCACCAUUUGAACAAUUCUUUGCUGCAAUUUUCUAUCAGGUUUUCUCUUUUGGCCACAUCCAAGAGUAGUUGACUGAUGUUGUAUAGGCCUUAAACUUCUUGAUAAUAUUGCAUAUGGUGGAAACAAGAACAUCAAGGUCUCUGGAGAUGGAAGUGUGACCUUGAUAUUGUCUAUGCUCAGAUACUAUCUUGUCUGAUCUUUGGUUUUCCUUUUCUCUGUGCUCAUUGCAGUACACACUGACACAAAUCGUGAACAUUUAUAUUUUCUCUAUUCAAACUGGUUGAAUGUGAAAUAUUACAGGGACCUGCAACUCACUACAAGUGAGUCCAAAGUAAAGGAGAAUUUUCAUCUUGAAAUAUAAUUAUUUCUAACUACAUUUAGAAGGUGCCAAUAAUAUUGUGCAGGCCAUUUUAGGAUUUUGGGGGUUUGUGUCUUUACAUUUGAAAUUAUUUUUAGGAAGUGCAAGAGUGCCCAUACUUUUGCCAUGACUGGACCAUAGGCUACAAUAAAGAUUAUUCUUAAAUAAUCCCAUGACAUGCAUGUACAUUUUGUCUUAGUUUUUUCCUAUUAUGUGUGAACACAGUGGAUCAGGAUUAUGUCAACUGGGUUACAUCGUACUUAAAUGGAUCUUUGUGCAUUUAUUUUCAUCAGGGUAUUAGACAAGGAGACAAGACACACUAAGGUCUUUGUGUAAAGGUAGAAAAGAUGUUCCCUAAUUGCCAUAACAUUUUGUGAAGUAAUAAAGUAAUCAGAAUACUAGGUGGAAAGGAGGGCAUUAAAAACAUUUGGUCUAAA